GACCAUGACUUCAGCAUGCGGCCAGGCUUUGGAGGCCCUGCAAUUCCUGUUGGAGUUGAUGUACAAGUUGAAAGUCUGGACAGCAUCUCAGAGGUUGACAUGGAUUUCACCAUGACUCUUUACCUGAGACAUUACUGGAAAGAUGAAAGAUUGUCAUUUCCAAGUACCAAUAAUCAAAGUAUGACAUUUGAUGGCAGACUUGUGAAAAAGAUCUGGGUGCCUGACAUGUUCUUUGUCCAUUCAAAGCGUUCCUUUAUCCAUGACACAACGACAGAUAAUGUGAUGCUUCGAGUACAGCCAGAUGGGCAAGUGCUUUACAGCUUGAGGGUCACUGUAACAGCAAUGUGUAACAUGGAUUUCAGUCGUUUUCCCCUUGACACACAGACAUGUUCCCUGGAAAUUGAAAGCUAUGCUUAUACUGAAGAUGAUCUCAUGCUGUACUGGAAGAAUGGGAAUGAGUCCUUGAAAACAGAUGAUAGAAUAUCAUUAUCUCAGUUCCUUAUACAAGAGUUUCACACUACCACCAAACUUGCUUUUUAUAGCAGCACAGGUUGGUAUAACCGUCUCUUCAUCAACUUCACAUUACGACGACAUAUCUUCUUCUUCUUGCUUCAGACCUAUUUCCCUGCCACUCUGAUGGUCAUGUUGUCUUGGGUUUCUUUUUGGAUAGACCGUCGUGCUGUGCCUGCAAGAGUUCCCUUAGGUAUCACGACGGUACUGACCAUGUCUACCAUCAUCACUGGUGUCAAUGCCUCCAUGCCUCGAGUUUCCUACAUCAAAGCUGUGGACAUUUACCUCUGGGUCAGUUUUGUGUUUGUCUUCCUCUCAGUAUUAGAGUAUGCUGCAGUGAAUUACCUGACCACGGUGCAAGAGCGAAAAGAACGGAAGCAAUGCGAGAAGCUUUCUUGUGCUUCUGCAAUUUCACAGCCAAAGCAAAUGACUGGGAUGGAAGGCAGCUACAGUGAUGGAGAAGUAAAUGAAUUAGGGCAAUAUGUGUCUGAAAAUGGAAGCAAAGAAGACAGAAUGAUGGUUCAGCUGGGUCUUGGAUCAGAAGGAAAUUCAAGUAGGAGGAAAGUCCAGAGAUAUAGCAGCAUGAGAAUCGACACUCAUGCCAUUGACAAGUAUUCCAGAAUAAUAUUUCCAGGAUCAUACAUUUUAUUUAAUUUGAUAUAUUGGUCCAUUUUUUCAUAG